CUCGCGGCUGCUUAUAAGUGAGAGGGCUCAAAGCCCUUUGUUGUGAUACCACACACUCCCAAAACUAUACCAUCUAUCUACCAACGAACCUACGAACAAUCACCUCUCUACCUCGAAUCCUCCACCCACUACACCACCGAAACCUUCACCAGAACAAUCAUGGGUGCCGUAGUAUCUUGCAUCAAGUCGGUCUUCCGCACCAUCGGAAACUGCAUCAUGGCCAUUGUCAACGCCAUCGCUGCUGGUCUUAAGGCAAUCAUCAACGCCAUCGUCUCCCUCUUCGGCAUCAUCAUCAGCUGCCUCACCUGCGGACGCGGCGGCGGCCGAAAGAGGACAACGCAUACUAGUAGAGUCUAGUGUGAGCCCGUUUCCCACAUGUCGCCGUACUGAUCAUCA